AUGAGCGCGGAUCUGGAGCAGCAGGUUUCGCUCAGCACUUCUUCCUCCCCGUGCCUCAGCUCCGGUGGCUCGGCCGGUCGCGCGCUCUCGGCGAAUGUCCGGCGUCUCCACAACUCGCUCAACGUGCUCCUCGACGACGUGGAGCGGGAGCAGUUCAUACACUGUCUCAAUGUGUACCACGCCAAAAGGAACGUGUACGACUUGGUCCAGACGCUCAAAGUCAUUCUAAACACGAGUACGAAAAGACAGCUGUUACCCAUGCUGCGUCUCGUUAUCCCGCGCUCGGACCAGCUCCUCUUUGACCAGUACACUUCAGAGGGACUGUACCUAAAACCCGAGCUCCUCGCCGGUAACGGGACAACGGAGGGAUACGGGGAAGGGGACGAUUUGGCGCUGCAGAAGUAUGUCACGUGUAUCCAAGAGCAGAGCAGCGGUCUUGGUGGGUUCCUAGACUGGCCGUUUUUGGGAGAGGUGCGUAAGGUGACCCUGACCCGUACGCGGAGCCUGGAGGGUUUGGGGUUCAGUAUCAGAGGAGGAGCGGAGCACGGAGUCGGGAUCUACGUGUCCCUCGUGGAGCCCGGGUCGUUCGCGGAGAGGGAGGGGCUCCGGGUCGGGGACCAGAUUGUGACCGUGAAUGACAUGAUGUUCGACGGGGUCACGCACAUCGAGGCGGUCAAGGUGCUGAAGGGCUGUAAGAAGCUGUCCCUGGCUGUGUGCUCGAUGGGCCGGAUCCCUGGAGGUUACAUCACCAACCACGUGUACAGCUGGGUGGACCCACAGGGGCGCAGCGUGUCCCCCCCACCCGACGAGGCUCACCAGAAACAGGCCAACGCUGCCAACGAGAGGACGGUGAACCUAAACAUGGAGGACGGCCGCUCUCUGGGUCUAAUGAUCAGGGGAGGGGCAGAGUACGGACUGGGCAUCUACAUCACCGGAGUGGACCCCGGAUCUGCGGCAGAUGCAGGGGCCCUCAAGGUGGGGGACCAGAUCCUGGAGGUGAACGGCCAGAGCUUCGUGACCAUCUCCCAUGACGAGGCGGUGCACAUCCUGAAGACGGGCCUGCAGCUGCUGGUCCGGGUGAGGGACGUGGGGAAGCUGCCUCACGCUCGCACCAUCGUGGACCAGACCAGGUGGCUCAACAGCACCCAGCCCGCCCCCGAGAUCAACGCGUCGGGGCAUGGUACUACGGCGCAUACUACAGGUCAUGCUACAGGUCAUGCCGCAGCGUCUAAACCAGGUCUAAACACUAGGCCCACAUCGGCCCGAGCUGCACCUGUGUUGGGGAAGUCUGGCGGGUGCAGAGGCGUGGGUCCUCCAGGCCUGCAGGUGUCACUGGAGCAGCAGGCCUACAUGUUACUGACCCAGACGGAGCGGGAGACCAUGCUGUACUACCUGCAGGAGUAUCAGCAGGGACACAUCACAGUGGAGCCUAUGAUCAUGGCUCUGUUUGAGCUCUUCAACACUCACGCUAAGUUGUCUCUUCUGUCAGAAGUUCGUGGUCUGGUCUCGGCUCAGGACCUGGAGGUGUUUGACCGGCUGGUGCUGCUCAGACAGAGGGAGGUCACCCAGGCCUUUCACGGGGGUCUGGGAGUGCUCCGGCCCCCGGGACACUGUCCACACCAGUCUGCAGGACACACUGGGCAUACUGGACAUAGUGGACAUACAGGAGCUGCUAAGGCCGACGGGGCGCUGGCGGUCGGCUGGACAGAGAAGCAUCAGGAGCAGAGUGUGAAUGCCUUACAGAGCAUGGCGCUGGAGGAUGUGCAGGUGAGACAGUCCCCUCCCCUCUUCAGACCCCCGAGCCGCUGCUCCAGAGAGAGGAUCCCCUCGGCCCGCCUGGUUCAGUCCGGUCCAAACCGCCUCCUCCAGGACUGCCUCCACAAGUCCCUGAGACCCACCUCCCCCCGCGGCUGUCCCGGGCACCACGCGUCCAUGUCCGCCCUGCAUCAGCACCCAUGCGCCCACCAGGAGCCACUCCCCCACCCAUGUCCUCACCCAGAACCCCACCCUCACCCAUGCAACCACCCGGAGCCCCUCCCUCACCACUGCCACACCCACCACACUCACUCGGGACGGCCCACCUCGGGAAACCACGCCCCCAUGUUCCUUCAUUCGAACUCGGCACCGGCAAAAGCAGAGGCCUACUCCAGAUCCAGCUCUUAUGAGAAGUCCUGUGUUUCGUCCAAAUCGGGCUGCUCCUCCAAAGGUGUAUCUCCCCUGGCGUCUCCUCACCCCUCGCCCUGUGCCUCGCCCUGCCCCGCCCUCAUCACCCCCGCGCCCUCCACUUGUUCUCCGGACCAGCCCUGCUCCCCCGCUUUGGGUCACAAGGUCAUCGUCGACGGGAAUCGCCUCACAGCUGACUGCCGGACGCAACAAAGAGGGGGCACUCUCUCCCAGUUGUCGGACAGUGGGCAGACGCUGAGUGAGGACAGUGGAGUGGACAUCGCAGAAGCCGGGGCCCUGAGUAAAGACGGCAGCCCUCGCCCCUGUAAGAGCCAGCUGGGACACGCUGCAGAGGGGACAACAGCGCCACCUGCUGGAGUCAACAGGCAGCAACUGAUGUCCCCAGUCCCCAUGGCUUCUGCGAUCUUAGUCCGGGUCCUGAAAAACUCCAACACUUUGGGCAUCGCCAUCGAGGGAGGAGCCAACACGAGGCAGCCUUUACCACGCAUCGUCACUAUACAGAAAGGAGGCUCCGCCCAUAACUGCGGUCAGCUGAGGGUGGGUCACGUGAUCGUGGAGGUCAAUGGCGUUUCUCUGAGGGGGCGGGAGCAUAAGGAGGCCGCCAGGAUCAUCGCCGAAGCCUUCAAGACCAAAGACCAGGACUACGUGGACUUCCUGGUUCUGGAGCCUGGACUUUAG